UCGGCGCGGCUCGUCCAACCGAGCUUGUCACGCUGCAACGCGCACUGGUCACAAGGCGUCACGGACGAUGCAUUUCCACCCGAUGCUUCAGUGCCAACCAACGCGUGUGAACGAGUCACAGUCUGCAGCUGUUGCGGACCCUGCGUGCUCUGCUGCAUAAAAACAACAACAACACGAGAGCGGAACCAGCGGGCGCGAGCCUGCUAGUGUAGCAAAUACAGGCACGAGGAAAAACGGAUGAAGUCAUCCCUCGCGCUCCAACAUCACCGACUCGGGCAGCGAUCGAUCCGCCUCCAGCUGGUGCGGCCGGACACGCGCCUCCGCCUUGGCCACCCCACCGACGUGGGUGUGGGAAUGUCCUGCGUGCUCUGCGCAGCACGCCGUCUGAGACGCGCGGGACGCGCGGGCACAGGUAGGCUCCGGUAAGCGUUUGCAGACAACCUACUGACGACUAGGUCGCUUCGCCAGUUCGUCUCAUUGCUGCGCCGGAUUCGCAAACAAGCCGAGCCUUGGCAGUAGACUAUGACUUUGCCGGUCAAACGGUGUCGUUUUAGUCAAAUCGUGCAUGAAUGAAUGGUUUUAGCACGCGAAUGGAGCUUCCGCCGUCACGGGGCGCGCUUCUGAGAGACGGUGCGAUGUCCAGCUUCCGGAGCUUCGGUAAGACUCCGUGUGAGACAGGCUGUCGUGGAGCGUUGGACGGGUUUUUGCUUCCCGGCGUGGCCUGCCUGUGAGAGACGCCUCGGUAAGGAUGGAGAAGUUCCUGCAGAUCGCCCCUCACUCCCUCGCCAUAGUGCUGUCACGGGUCGGCACCGAGGAUUCCCCCGCGGUUACCGAAAAGAUCCAGCAUCACCACACCGGCUAUGAGAUUUUCGCCGACUUUAAAGCCGAGAACAUGCAGCAUUUCUGGAAUAAGAAAGUGACAGACGCCAUAUCGGAGACUUUCUUUCUGGGAUGGAUAGACGAGCACGUCCUGCUUAUCCAGGGAAAGGAAGAUCAUCUGGAAGUACUGAGGGAGAGCUGGACGCGCAGGGCCCUCAACCCCCCCAGAGGCUUCGAGAUUCAGUGCAUAGGUGAUGUGUCUCCCAUCAGCAUGUCCCCGAUCAGCCAGUCUCAGUUCAUUCCGCUGGGAGAGAUUCUCUGUUUGGCCAUCUCAGCCAUGAACUCUGCCCGAAAACCUGUCACCCAGGAAGCCCUGAUGGAGCACCUUACCACCUGCUUCCCAGGUGUACCUACCCCGAGUCCCGAAAUCCUGCGGCACACGCUCAACAUGCUGGCUCGAGAGCGGAAGAUCUACCCCACCCCCGAGGGGUACUUCAUCGUCACCCCCCAGACCUACUUUAUCACCCCCUCCCUCAUCCGCACCAACAGCAAAUGGUACCACCUGGACGAUCGGCAUCCGGACCGGCAGCAGCAGCAGCAGCAGCAGCAGCAGCAACAACAACAACAACAACAACAACAACAACAACAACAACAGCCAUUGCAGCAGCAGUGUACGUCACCCCAGUCUGGAACAAUCACGCCUUCCACGUCUGGGUGUGUACGUGAGAGGCUCAACCACAAGAACCUCUGUGACUCGUACAACACGUUCCGUGACGAGGUGCCCAGCAAUCACACCACCCUUCAGAGGAAGUCCCCCAAGGAGCCUAAAGGGGACCCGCCCUCCUACCCUCAGCCGCCACCCCCUCCGUCAGCCACGCUGCACCCACCCGAUCCCGACAAGAGCAGGACCAACCCCUCCUUCUCCUACAAGACGGACACGCUGACCAAGAAGAGAGAGGGAACGGCCGGGGGCAGCAGUGAGAGGCAGUCCAAGAAGUUCGGCCUGAAGCUCUUCCGCCUCAGCUUCAGGAAAGACAAGACGAAGCAGCUGGCCACCUUCUCCGCCCAGUUCCCGCCGGAGGAGUGGCCCCUGCGGGACGAAGAGACGCCCACGGCCACCGCCAUCCCCCGGGAGGUGGAGAUGGAGAUCAUUCGUCGCAUCAAUCCGGACCUGACGGUGGAGAACGUGGCGCGGCACACGGCCGUGAUGAAGCGCUUGGAGGAGGAGCGGGCACAGCGCUGCAAGGCGAACGCAGCGGCUCAGCAGAGCUCACGCAGCCGCCGCAGCAGGGGACACCGUCGAAUGCCGCAUGGCAAGUCGCGCUCACACAGCAAGACCCGUGUCUCCCGCGGGGACGCAUCCGGGGGCUCCAACCUGGACCUGGCCGGUGUGGGACUGGACAGGGACUAUCGCUUCUUCAGUCACUCGCUGGUGCGCUCGCCGCGGGAGGGCAUGUACACGGUGGAGCGCAGGAGUGGUGCCGCGUACCUCGUCCACAGCAACCCCAACAUCGCCGAGUCAUAUUUCCCCGUUACCCCGGAAUGGGACGUGUCGGGGGAACUGGCAAAGAGGCGGACGGAGAUGCCCUUCCCGGAGCCUUCCCGUGGCACCUCCCACUCCCGGGUACACCGGAGCCACAGCCACACGCAGGACCGCAAGUCCCGCACCGAGCGGCCGGACAAGGCCAAGGAGAGAUCCCGAUCCAUGGACAACUCCAAGGGUCCACUGGGUGGCGGCAGCUCCACGCUGGGAACAGCCGAGGAGUACGACCGGAGCCCGGAUCACCGCAGCCGGUACUAUACGGACGACGGGACACUGAGGGCCUCCUCGCAGAAGACGUCCCACUAUUCGCGCAUUAUGUUCUCUGCCUCCAAGUUCAGCUCGGAGAUGUCAGUGCCUGACAUGGGCAAGAUGAGCGUGGACUGCCCUCUGGAGCGGAACAUGAGCAGAGACAGCCUGCCGGCCUACAGUGACCUGAAGGCUCUGUCGCCGAAGCCCCUGGCAGACGACUACUUCCAGUGCAAUACGUCGAACGAAACAAUCCUUACCGCCCCGUUGCCGCUGGGCAAAUCAGACCACGACACUUUAACGCCGUCCGAUGGGAUCCGUAAGGGGUCGCCGGCUGACCGGCAGACGCCACACCUCCCCUCGCCACACCCCAUGGAGUACAAAGAGGACUCCUCCGCUAAGGGUAAAGCCACGCCCAGCCAGACGCCUGAGCCAAUGGCCAACGGACGUUUGAUACAGCACCAACACGGCGCCGACCCAGGGGGAGGGGGCGGCGUGGUGGUGGAUAAGAGGAAAGAGAUUUUCAGUAAGGACACUUUAUUCAAACCGCCGCACAGCGUUUUGACGAUGAGCUACGUAGACAGUGGCUACUCAAAGUCGGGCACGUUGCGAAAGACCCCGCACAUGAAAUCCUCCGAGGUCCUCGACACCCUUGAGCCUCAGCCGCCGCCUAACUCCGCCUCCUCGCCCACAUCUGCCCCGCCUCCUACGGGGUCAGAGCACGGUGCCCCCUCCACAUCGGAGGCCGGCUUUGACUACUACAACGUGUCAGAUGAUGACGACGAGGAGGUGGAGGAGGCCUCCCAUAAAGAGGCAGCUCCCGUGGAGGGCAAGGGGCGGGCGGGGGGUGGGGAGGGUGGGGUCGGGGGCGGAGUCGGGGGUGGGACCAUGCAGUGGCUGCUGGAGCGAGAGAAGGAGCAUGACCUACAGAGGAAAUUCGAGACCAACUUGACUCUCCUGAGUCCUAAGGAGAACGAAAACACCAGCAGUCAGAAGUCGGCGCACUCGGCACGGCUAGACAGCAUGGACAGCAGCAGUGUGACCGUGGACAGUGGCUUUAACUCUCCACGCACCCGGGAGAGUUUGGCCUCCAACACCUCCAGCAUCGUGGAGAGCAACCGGCGCCAGAACCCCGUCCUGAGCCCAGCCCACAUGGGCAGCACGAGCGUCGGCCCCCCGUUUGCGUUCCGCGCCAUACCUGAGCCCCCCACUGCACAGGCGGAGAAACUGCAGAAGUCCCCUAACUGCCUUGCCUCCAUCACCAGCGUCUGACAUGGGUGGUGCUCCUCCAAGUGGGUGCAGAGGUGGCGCGAUCUGUGGAGGUGGCGUGUGCUGGCGCCCGGGCGUGGUGAUGUCGCAGCCCUGUGGCGGGCACCUCGGACUACGCGGAGACCGUUGGGGCCACAGGUACGGCUUCCGCAGACUGCUCCUACGGCGACAGAAAAGUCGCUGCAAAGAAGAAAAAAAAGAGGGGAAGUAACCAUGACAUGAUUUAUCUUGACAAGCGAAUAAUCAGGAAAUUCUCCGGUUUGAAUCAACAGUUAUUUUCUUAAAAGUAUCUUUUUUUUCCAGUAAUAACAACUGUUUUCUUCAGUCACGGAUGAAAGGCAUCAUCCUGCCGAUGGAAUAAGUUGCACUCUGACAUAAGGCUGCUGACACAGACAAGGUUGGAAAGAAAUUGAAAAAUGUGGUAAUGACUUAUGGAAGGAACCUGUUAUUAAAUCUCAUUUUAACAACAUUAAAUUCAUGAUUCAUAAUGUUGUAUAAUAAACCCCAAAAUAAAGACAUUCCUCACAACACCAUUAGCUCUGUUGAUAAAGGGAUAAAAAAGGACUGGAGUCAUACUUUCAUGCUUAUAAAAAUAAAUAAAUAGUACUUAGAUUGACUUACAAAGAAAGAAAAACAGUUACUCUGAGAUUAAAGGAUUCUUUUAGUGAAAACAAGGACUGUUCUGUUUUUUCAGUUAAAUCCCACACAGGGCAAAGCAGAUACAAGCGUAAGAUGUGUGUCACUGUACAUCACUCACCGAGUUUACCUGUUUCAUUAAAGUUUCUAUCUGACAUUCAA